AUGGCGAUUCACAUUCCCAUUGCGCCUGAAGAAGCGAACUACAUUUAUAACAAUAUCGCGUCAUAUGUCAAGUGGUGCGCUUUGGCUCCUGCCCCAAAAAAGCUUCCAAAAUAUUUGAAUUUCGUGCAACCAUUCCAGGAUGAUGUUUGGGCCCUCAUAAUCUUCGGUAUGAUUUAUUCAACUAUAGUGUUGCAUAUAUUUGCUAAACUCACGAAGGAAAGAAGCAGUCUUGCUCUAAAAUUUCUUGAAAGUUUGAAAUUGCUCCUACGUAUGGCAACUAUUGAACAUUAUCGUAAAGUUAAUAAAAGAUACUAUGUUGUUUUCUUCCCACUUUUCCUGCUUGGAUUAAUUUUGUCACAGCUGUAUCUCGCGCAUCUGGCCAGCUUUCUUACUACCCCUCUCUGGGAAAAAGGAAUUAAAACCAUUGACGAUAUCCGUAAGGCGAACCUCCGAAUACUUGGCGUUAGAUAUGAUAUUGAACGAAAUAUAUUAUCAGUGGAGGAGAUGAAAGAUUAUCAUGAUUUUGUACAAAUUAUAACCAUGAGUGAAUUAUUCACUUGGCGUGAAAAUUUGAACAACACAAAUAUUAUAAUGAGUUUUAGUGACAAGAUUCAUCUGACGCUACUAAGACAGGUAGGUCUGCAAGAACCGAGAUUCAGCAAUCCUGGAAUCUGCUUCGGGUCCUAUGCGUACACACAUGCAAUGAGGCCGGAAUUCCGCUAUAAAUCUGACUAUUACUGGCACAUACUAAUGGUGGCACAAGCUGGUUUCAGAGAAGAAUGGAAUAAACGAACUUAUGCUGAAUUAGUGGAGGCUGGUAUGAUAAGGCGCGCCACAGUGCCUGAAAAUCGUGCAUGGGCUUUGAGUAUUGACCACAUGAAACUGAUUUUCGUUAUUUUUGUUUCAGGAUUAUUGCUAUCUGGUAUAGUUUUCGUAGUUGAGAUAAGAGGAAUAUGUCAAAGGAACAAAUAG